AUGCAGAACUCCCCGCAAAAUCGCAAACGGCCAGCACCCGGCACCUCACCGAUGCCUCAGCAGCCGCAGCAGUCAAAUUUCCAGUACCCGCAGAUACCGGACAACGCCGACUUCAGCAACUUUGACUUCUCAAAUCCACUUCCUGACCAGACCUUUGCGAACACUACCUUUGAUGACAACAACAACCUCAACUCCUACGGCUUGAACAGCGCGCAGCGGCAGACAUACGGUAGCAACUUCACACCCGCAGCACCUUCCACAGAGCUUGUGAGGAGAACGCGGAACCAGCAACUUGCUCCACAAAACGGACAACAACAAGAGCAAUGGAAUGGCAGUGGAGGGUUGGCAGGAUCUCCAGACACUGACGAUGACAUGGAACUUGAGAGAAGAGCUGAUGCAGCCAUGAAGGAAGGACUGGCGAAGAGAAAAUCGAUACCACCCUUCAUCCAGAAGCUCAGCAGCUUCCUCGACAGCAACCACACAGAUCUCAUCCGAUGGUCUGACGAUGGCAAGUCUUUCAUAGUGCUCGACGAGGAUGAGUUUGCGCGCACCUUGAUCCCAGAGCUGUUCAAGCACAACAACUAUGCUUCUUUCGUUCGCCAGCUCAACAUGUAUGGCUUUCACAAGACCAUAAACAUCACGGACGGCUCUUUGCGACAGUCAGAGAAGGCCAGAAAGGGGCUGAAGCCACCCAGCAUGUACUCACAUAGGUUCUUCCAGAGGAAUCGACCUAAGCUUCUCUGGCUGAUCAACAAGCCUGGUGGCAAGUCGACUGCAAAGCGGAAGCGUGAUGGGACCAUCAAGGAGCAGUAUGACAGUGACGACGAGCGUCAAUAUUCGCCUGUUCCGGAGAGCCGCAUACAGGAGCUGGGUGCGCCGAGCAACACCCUGGAUCUAGCACAACUACCACGGAAUGAGAUUGCGGCUGUGCGGUCAGAGCUCCAAAAGCUGCAAUCACAGCAGAAGUUCAUCUCGCAAAUGAUAACUCAGCUCAAAGAUCAGAACGAUCAGUUCUAUCGACAAGCGAGCGCCUUCCAAGCCCUGCAUGACCGGCACGAGAACUCCAUCAAUGCCAUCUUGACCUUUCUAGCUACUUUCUACAAUCGAAGUGUGGAGGGUCAAGGAGCGCAGAACCUGGUCAACAUGUUCACGAAUGCGGCUGCGCAUCAGAAUCAACAGCACGGUAGCGUCGUGGAAGAAUACACUGAUGGUACGCCAGAUCCUCAAGCCAGCUCACAACAGCAGCAGCUCCAGCGGUACAUGAAGAGACCACAGCUGCUUCUACCCGGACCAAACUCUGCCAAUGCGAACCAGUCGCUGCAACCUGGCAACGUGGCCACCGAGCCAAACUCUGCCCGAGCAUCUGCCAGUCCGCCCAAUGAUGGCUCAAACGGUGGCAGUGUGUCCAGUGGCCAACCCCAACCACAGAGCACUACCACAGCUCCCAGUCCGAACGUGAAGGCAGAAUCACAGACGCCGAACGAGGAGAUGAUGAGUCUGAUCAACACCGUGAACGCCACGACACAAGCCAGCACUCCAAACUCAACCACCGCGCCGGACUAUGGAGACUUCAAAUCCAUCGUCGACCAUUACCAGAACCUCACUGGCAAUCCCCUGACACCACAGCAGCGGGAAAACACUCUUCAAGCCAUCAUGAGCAGUCAAGGGGGUGCGAAUGCAGGCGACAACAACGCCCUCACGCAUCCUGCACCGCCCAACUUUGACUUGCAGCAUCUACGAGAUCAGGACAACACCAUCGAGCAGCUGCAGGUCUUGCAGAAGCAGAAUCAAGAUUCGCUGAAGGAGCUCGGUCGAAGGCUUAGUCCGCACUCACCAACUGGUAACAUUCCUGGUUUGGUGCAGGAUAUCGGCCAAGAUCCGUUCGACCUCACUGGCGCACCUGGCGACUACGAUCCGAAUGCCUUCAUCAACUUCGACGAGAACACAUGGGACGGAGGCGGGGAUGGUGACUUUGACUUUGGGUUUGACACGGGCGCGGGCGAUGGGGAUAACAACAACUGGCCUGGCAACAUGGGUGCGGGUGCGGGUGGUGAAAACGCUGUGGACGACUUGUUCGGUCCAACUCCAGCGGAUCCAAACCACCUGGCCGCUGGACAGAACGGUGGACAAGUCGAGAGCGUGAGCAGUUCAGCAACCAGUCCGGCUGGACCGAAUGGUGGAGAAGACGGGGCCGGUACGCCGAACAAGCGGCAGCGGAGGUCUUGA